AUGGCUCCCAAACAUGCGCUCCUUCCCAGCAGCGGCGGCCGCGGGGUCGGAGUCGGGCGAAAAGCGAUUCCAAAAGAGCAGCUGUCGCUGUGUCUCGUGGCGGGGAACCUGGAUAUGUGGACGCCGAGGCAGGGGAAGAGGACGCGGGCGAUGGGCGGGAUGCUGGCCCUCUGCUUUGUGAGCGUCAGUGCGGUGCUGAUGCUGAUGAUCCAGUGCUCCUUGGCUGCUGAGGAUGUGACUGACCCCCCUGAGUUUAAGAGGCUGUCAGAGUUGCUAUUGAAUCCCACUGCACCCAGUUUAGCAACCUGGGGGAAUGGAAAUAAAGAAAAUGAUGCAACGGAAAGGACUGAACCAAGUCAGGAAUUGACUACCGAGUCUAUAAGAUUACUGCGGAAUGAACAUCGCGUGGCUGCUGGAGAAGAAACGGAGGUCCUCUCAGAAAGUGAACUUACGAGAGGAGCUAGUGCUGAACCUAUACCAGUGGACACAAAGACAGAAAACCUGCCAAUCUUACCACGGGAGUCAACCACUUGGGUUAGGCAGGCAGUCCUCACGGAGACACCAGACACACCAGUCAUGAGAAAGCCUUUAGGACUGUUGUCCAAGGCCGCUUGGACCAAAAUCUCAUCUCCGUCAUCAUCUAAAGCGUCCUCCUCUUCUAGUUCGACAACAAAAGCAUCGUCUUUAACUUCCCCAUCCACAUCUUUAUCCACCAUUCCAUCCAUUAACAAUGAGAUUCAGACUGUAAAUCCAGACAAUGUCUCUCUUGUUGACGUCAGCAACAGCACCUCUAACAGGAACAGCACCACCACUCUUGAUGAUGUCCAAUCUACAGAGGCUUCAGUCAGCAGCCUGCCUGCCUGGGAUCUCCCCACAGUUCCCGAGUCUCUCUUGUCUACAGUUGGUGACCAUGACAUCACCCUUCCUCCAAAUGUCACCAGCCCUUUCUCCACCCAUCAAUGGAACACCACUGUGGCCGUGCGCACUAGAACGUCCUUUCAGCGCACAACGACUAUAAAAAAUACACCGAGCACUAUGUCGCCCACCACCAACACCUCAACCCACAUUGCAAGCGCGAAUACACCGCUCAUGUCGACUGUGGCUUCACCCACUAGAAGCCUGGGCAACAUGACCCAGGAAAAUGUUCAGGUGGAAACUUUGACAGCAACAAAGUCCUCAUUGACCAUUUCUACUGUGAGCACCGUUGCUGUUACAGCACCAGCGGAGAACACUGGAGUCGCUGUAAAUAUUUCCGUAAAUAUCUCAGAUGCUAUGACCAUGCAGCCAUCAACAAGCCUCAAACUGACCACAGUAGCCACAACACAACCGGCAACCACUACUGUUGCAACACCCACAAGCACUACAACCCUCGCUCCAUCCACCACAAUAAUCACUAGUACAACACCUGCAACUACUACUCCAGACACCACCACAGCUGCCCCGACGACCACAAUAGCAACAACUACAACAACAAAAUUACCUGCUACUGUGUUUAUCCCAGUCCAAACGGUACCACUAAUAACUACAACUACAGAACUACCGAGCAGCACCAUAAAUGAGGAAGGUCCUCUACCAUGCAACAUCACGGAGAAGUACUGGGUCAAAACAGUUUUGUCCAUUGAGUUCCGAAAGAACCAACUUGAUCUGGUCCUAAAACAGAACCUAGCCAAAGGAUUAAGUCAUGCCCUGCAGAAAGCCCUAAAUGACUCGACUGCUUAUGCACAGGUGGAACGUGAUGACUGCAAGCCAGACAAUGUAACACUAGUUUACUAUGUGGCUGGUGUCAAAACUGUCUAUAUUUCCUCCGUCGUGGUGGAGGCACUUAGUGUUUAUGGUUUCGACAAGUUGCUGUCUGACAUCAAGCAGCACACGCCAUUGGUUAAGGCAGUUCUGGUUCCUGUGGCAACGUGGGUUCCUAUUCCAAGCAUUCACCUGCAGCUGAAAACAGUGUUGAGAUUUGUUGGACCGACAGACAACAUCUACUCCUGCAGUUUUGUCCAAAUGCUAGAGCAGAGAUUGGAAAGUGCUUUUGACGAAGCUCAGGACAAAGUACUGGAGACCUACAGCAAGCUCACUGUGGAGAUCCAAAGCGUAGCCCAAGAACCAGACUCUCCCUCGGUUUCGCUGGUGUACGUUGUCAAGAAUCAGGACACUGAACUCAACGGUACCAUCUCAAGCGGCCUCCUCAACCAGCUCACUGCUGAAUUAGUGGGCUACUUCCUGUUCUACCCACCUCUGGUCAUUGCUGAGCCCCUUGAAUACCACAAUCUCAACACAUCCAUUGCAACAAGGAGUUAUUGGGUUAUAACAGUUAUCCAGGAUGUGGACAGAUCUUCUUUGGAGGCCAACUACCAGAGCUUUGCCAGCUUGAUGGAGCAAAGGCUCGCUGAACUUUUCCAUGUUGCUGGUCGGCAGGAAUCGCAAACUUUACGGUCCAGACGCGCAACAACUGUUGGAGGGUACACUGUACAGAUGGUGAACAUGCGUCGACUGCCAGGUCCCAAGAACCCUGCAGAGAUGACAUAUUAUGCACAGGUGAAUGGCGCACCCAUCACUGGAACCACGGCGGCCAAGACGUUGAGCAGUCUGGAUUCCCAGACCAUGGCGCUGACUCUGGGUUAUUUUGUGCAAGUGCAGGCUGAACCUGUGGUGAAGAUGCCGCAGAGUAACUUGUGGAUCAUGGCGAUCCUCACACCUCUAUUCUUGCUGAUUGUGGUAAUCGGCAUGGUGGUCUUCAUUAUGUGUAAGAGGAACAGAGUCAUCUUCAAGGCUGGUGCCUUUAGGACUUUCAAAAGCCGCUCCAAGACCUCAUAUCGACGGGAGGGCAGUUACCACCACCAGCCUGUUCAGGGCUUUGACUAUGCCAAGAAACACAUGGGCCGAACCGGUGAAGAGACCGUCUCUUUAAACAAGGACACUUUAGUUCUUGGACUGCCAGUAAGAGAUGCCCCGCUGUCAAUGUCAUUGGAUAAGAAGGUAUACCCGGAUGGGACUGCCAACAAGAGGCCACCAUCUGCUGACAUACACAAAGGAGGGCGGUUGCCAAGCGAGGAUGGUUCAAUGUCGAGUAACAGCUCCGGGAAGUUGAACGCCAGCAAGAGCUCCUCGGCCAGGAAGACAGCCACUGGCGGCAGCUGUAAGAAUGGCAAGGAUGAUCUUCACAAAAGAAGUGCCAAUGACCCAUAUGAUGAUCAUACAAGCUCUCUACGGCUCAUCACCAUCAAACCCAUGACAGCUCAGCCAACUUAUUCUUACCCCUCAACCUCCUCUCACAGCCAAGACUCUGUGAUCCCGAAUGGCGAGGCCAAUCAUGGUGGGUUGAAGCAGAAGUCUGAUAUCGAACACUACAGGAACAAACUGCGCCAGAAAGCCCGUAGGAAGGGUUACGGAGAGUUCUCCCUUUCGGAGGGGGGCAGCCACGGUUAUGGUCACAACCGGCAUAGUCGGCAUGACAACGGAGUCAAAGAGCCAAUGACAGCAGAGGAAAAGAGAGCCUCCUUUGCUGGAUGUCAUAAGAGGUACUCACACCCGCGGGAGCCCACCUACUGGAGCAGGCAGUCCCUCAGCAGCCCCAGCCCAGUGGAGACUGAAAUGGACCUUCUGGUACUUCGAGAGAGAGCCAGAAGAGGCAUUCGCAACAAUGGCUACGAUGGUGAACCAGAGCCGUUUGAGGAAACCAAUGUAGACCGUCUGAUGAGCUCUCUUGGCUAUGGAGGUGGAUCUACUGGCACAGGAAAUGGUAGCCUGGGGGUGAAAGCUCACCGCGGCUCUGACUCCUCCACACUCAGUUCUCAGCCAUCCAUUGACGACGUCUGCACACAAAUGCAUAUGUUGCUUGGCAACGCCUUUAGCCUGGCGCCCGCGGACCAUGACCCACCUUCCCCUCCUACAAAUAGACGCCACCAUCACCGCCACCACGUCCACAGCGCCUAUAAUCCGUCUCACACCAGCCACUACAGUGAUGGAGUGACGAGCGCCCCUGGGACCAUGAACCAUCCCUGUGGAAACAGACAAAGGAGCCUAGGAUAUGAGGAUCUGCACCAGUGUAGCUUGCCGAAACCAGGUUUCCGGUUCACUCAGCUCCCUGAUAUGGGCAUUGGGACUCCCCCACCACUGGUCCCCUCAAGACCAGGACCUCCUCCUGGACCUUCACUGAGACGUUCUACUCCCGAUGUUAGCCUGAAACCUCGAGUAUCUGAGGCCUCCGAUCUGCAGGACCAACAGCACAAUGGCGCUCCCUACUUGCCAUUAUCGAGGACCACCUUCCCUGCUGUUACUGUUGACCAGUCCAUCAGCACCUACUCAGGAAACCCAAUAACAGCAGUGUAUGCUAUAUCAGCCAACCACCCAGGUUACUCAGAUUACUUCGUUAUGUCACCUCCGUCUUCGUACCGUAGUCCAUCCUGGAUGUCCUACCCGCCUGAGCCAGAAGAUCUUCCACGCCAGUGGAAUGACCCACCGCAGAGCUCAAGACACCUCGAAACCAUCUGCUGA